AUGGACGCGCCAGCCGCUUUCCCGGGCUUUCCCGCCCUGCCCUUGGUGGCGCCGUCGGGGCCGCCGCUCGCGGGAACCGAGCCCGGGCGGGAGCCCGAGGCGGCGGCGGCGGGCGGCGGGGAGGCGGAGCCGGUGCCCGCGCCGGGCCCGGGGCGGCGGCGGCGGCGGCCCCUGCAGCGCGGGAAGCCCCCCUACUCGUACAUCGCGCUCAUCGCCAUGGCGCUGGCGCACGCCCCGGGCCGCCGCCUCACGCUGGCCGCCAUCUACCGCUUCAUCACCGAGCGCUUCGCCUUCUACCGCGACAGCCCGCGCAAGUGGCAGAACAGCAUCCGCCACAACCUCACGCUCAACGACUGCUUCGUCAAGGUGCCGCGCGAGCCGGGCAACCCGGGCAAGGGCAACUACUGGACGCUGGACCCCGCGGCCGCCGACAUGUUCGACAACGGCAGCUUCCUGCGGCGCCGCAAGCGCUUCAAGCGCUCCGAGCUGCCCGCGCCGCCGCCGCCGCCGCCCUUCCCCUACGCGCCCUACGCGCCCGGCCCCGCGCUGCUCGCGCCGCCCCCCGCGCCCGGCCCCGCGCCGCCCGCGCGCCUCUUCCGCGUCGACGGCCUGGCGAGCCUGCAGCCCGAGCUGGCGGGGCCCGGCGCGCCCGAGCCGCCCUGCUGCGCCGCGCCCGACGCCGCCGCCUUCGCGCCCUGCGCCGCCGCCGCCUCGCCGCCGCUCUACUCGCCCCCGCCGCGCCCCGGCCCCGGCCCCGGCCCACUGCCCACCGAGCCUCUGCUGGCGCUGGCCGGGCCUGCCGGCGCGCUCGGGCCGCUCGGCCCCGGGGAGGCGUACCUGAGACCGCAGGGCUUCGCGCCGGGGCUCGAGCGCUACCUGUGAGCCUCUUUGCCGCGGACAGGAGCGCAGGUGGGGUCCUCUCUUCGUCCCAGGGCUAGAGUGCACCCCAUUUCUGCCGCCCUGCGGCUUGCGUGACGCACCUUGGAGCUCCCUGCCUCUGCCUUCCCCGCACUGAGCCCACCUGCCUUCCGCCUUUACUUACACCACCCCUGGGGAGACUCCUCCAUCUCACCACCGGAACUGCAAAGUGUCCCUUCCAACUGUUGAGUCCUUCACCAUUUCUUCCCUCUCUCCACUUGUGAGCCCCAUCUUUGCGCCGUCACGGUACUGAGCCCCGUGCCUGCGAGCUAGAUGGGCUCUCUCCAGCCAGCCGCUUCAAGUGUCCUGAUGAGUUCCAGCAACUUCCAUUUCCAGUCACCCCUCAAGGAAUUUUCCGAGUCAACUUCUCGUGUUUUGCCAGCACCUCAGAGGUCAGACUCCUGGGUUCAUUACUUCCUCACAGUCUUCCUUCAUUUUCCCUGUAAAUUUGUCCUGGUACCCUUCCUUUGCCUCUAUCCUCCCACACAGACACACUUGACUGUCCAGUUCUAAGGACAAUUUUUUAGAUAUUGCAGAGUUGAGCAGCACCAGGGGCGCCUGACUGAAAGGAAUUGAUGGGCCUCAGUGUCUGCCCUACCCUAUGGAAUGCCUUACCAGGUUACUAUUAUUUUUUUAAUCAAAGCUGCUUUAAUUAAAACCAAAAC